AUGACCAAAAACUUCCCGGAAUUGGGAUUGAGAAAAGAAGAUCGUGUGGAAGGAAGUUGGAUUGACUACGUACUUUACUGGGCCUACUUCAACAACACAACCGAAGACACAGUUUUACUAACAAAAAUACUUGAACAUGCAGAUUGGGAGACUUUUGGAUCAAGAUGCAUACUUCAUUCACAUCGAAUUACAUGUCCAGAUAUAUGGCAAUGGUCUGAACUUACCAGCUUUGGUGAUUUACCUUCACCAAGAGAUUUUGCUGUUGCUUCAGCCAUUGGGAACCAUAAAAUAGUAAUGUAUGGUGGAUGGGAUGGUAAAAAGUGGUUAUCAGAUGUAUUUGUCUUGGAUACAAUGUCAUUGGAGUGGAGAGAGUUAGCAGUUACAGGAACAUUGCCACCACCAAGGUGUGGUCAUACAGCCACUAUGGUUGAGAAACGGUUGCUUGUAUAUGGUGGCAGAGGAGGUGGAGGACCAAUCAUGGGUGAUUUAUGGGGUUUAAAGGGUCUCAUUGAAGAAGAUAACGAAGCGCCUGGAUGGACACAGUUAAAGCUGCCCGGGCAAGCUCCAGCUGCCCGAUGCGGGCAUACUGUCACCUCUGGAGGCCACUAUCUUCUCAUGUUUGGAGGCCAUGGAACCGGUGGUUGGUUGAGUCGCUAUGAUGUUUACUACAAUGAUUGUGUUGUUUUAGACAGGGUGUCUGUGCAGUGGAAACGUGUAAAUGUGUCUUAUUACCUAUAUGGCUAUAUCUGCUUUGCACUAACAUCACUUACACAAGAAUUUCUAGCUCUACUCCCCAUUGUUAGAGACCACAUAAUUGAUGGUUAUAGCCCCGAGGCACGUGAAGUAUUUCACAGAGAAUUUGAUUUCUUUGAAAAAGUCACCACUAUAUCAGGUGCUCUGUAUCCACUCCCCAAAGAAGAAAGGAGAGUUGGCAUCAAGAGAGGGUUGGAAAAAAUUUAG